GGAACGUCAAGCGCUCUAUGACAGCAUUUCUGGUAUUCUGGGUCCUUCGAACGGGAUCGAGGAGUCUGUCGGCACGUACAAAGCAUAUAUGCAGCACCAGAACCAGAUUUACUACGAGAGUCUCUUGCCUAGUCCUUCCCACUCUUCUGUCGCUGAAAAUAACACUUCUGUGGCCACGAACCCUUCUGUUCUACGUGCUUCUCAGGCUGGACUGGACGUCGGCUCGCUCCCUCAGCAGAACCCUCUCGGCUUAGGCAUGUCCACGCCGUACGUGGUGUACCCCAUCGGGCCUCUAGCUACCCACGGACCUUCUCAGUUCCAGCAAGACGAGAACCGGAAGCCGAGCGGUGGCUCGACCCCUGCCAUCCCGAACACUGGCCCUACUUCUCUCGCCUAUCUGCCACGCCACAUCCUUGAGAGCCCGCUCCUCAGGUCCCGCAACCCCAGCACGGUCGGGCACGCGCUGUAUGCGGUCAACCCCGUGCAGGCCCAUUCGUGGUACCCCGCUCAGGCAUACGCAGAGGCUGCGAAUCCUGUCUAUCGCCCUCAUAUGCCGACGUGGCAGCUGCCGUACAUGCCCCCGGUCCCGAGUGUGCCGUACGGAGGGCAGUGGGAGCGCGGAAACUUCACGGCAAUGCUGCAGGAUGCUAUACCGGUGGUGCCUGCGGAUUCUGCGGCAUCGCUGGGGAGUAGUCAAGAGACGACUAAGGGCAGGCGUCAAGACUCUGGUGGGCAGCGCGGCGGACGGAUGAGGACCAGUUCCUGCGGGGUGUAGGACUCAGCCGUCGAGCUUUCAAGCAGCGACCACGAUCACUUCAAAUUUCUAUACUUCGCGUCGACAUUCUUUUCUGUGUUUCGUGUUUGUUCUCCUGGGUGUAAGGUUGUUUUAAAAAGAUCCGUCCUCGCCUGUCUCCAAUCAGUAAGGUACGACACUUUGGUUAAUAGUGGAUUUGUGAUGGAUGCAUACGUCCUGGCAUUGUCAUUGUAGUAACCGUCCUCGAACGAGUGUCUUUCAUAGCGUACAUUGUAUUCUUCUACAGUCCAAAAGUAAAUGAAGGA